AUGACCGUUGAUGAAUCGCAACCAGAGUAUUGGGUAUUCGGAUAUGGUAGCCUGAUAUUUAAACCACCUCCUUUUUAUGACCUGAGAGUUCCAGGCUAUAUCAAAGGCUACGUAAGGCGGUUUUGGCAGUCUUCUAAUGACCAUAGAGGAACCCCGGAUGCACCAGGGAGAGUAGUGACUUUAAUAGAUAAGAAGUUUUGGCUCACUUUAAACGACCCUCAUCCAUCUUCUAAUGACGAUAUUACUUGGGGAGUCGCUUAUCGAAUCAAAAAAGAAAAUAUCAAAUUUGUGAAGGAAUAUUUAGAUCACCGUGAAAAAAAUGGUUAUACAGAGGCUACGGUAGUGUUUCAAAUCUCAAAGGUGGGCAUUGUUGACGAGCAUGGCGAACCAGUUUCAGAAGAAAUAAUUGAAAAAUUGGGUGAAACUGUGAAUUGUAACGUGUAUAUUGGUACGCCUGAAAAUGAAGCUUUUGUUGGACCACAAGAUCCUCAACAAUUAGCUCAGCACAUUGUGGAUUCUAGAGGCCCCAGUGGCGAGAACCGCGAAUAUUUAUUUGAAUUAGCGAAAGCAUUAAAAGUAGUCGCCCCAGAAUCUUUCGAUCAUCAUAUUGAAGAUUUGGUGGAUCGGGUGAACACUUUGAUAUAG